GGCCCCUCUCCACCAACGAAACCUUAACCCAAACCCCUGUUUACCUGUUUUUUUCCGCUGCCUUCUCUCUCUCUCUCGCUGAUCAGUCUAUCUUCUCUCCGCCUCCUCUUUCUCCCGUCUCCGAUUCAAAUGGCCGUUUCUCCGGUAGGUAUGACGGCUGUUGUCUCGGUGGCGGCGCCCUCGACGUCCUCCCUCCCAUGCCACCGGCCCAUUCUCCUACGGGUUCCCCCACUUCGCUGCCCGUCCCGGCGCCCUCUGAACUCUUGGGUCGGCCGUCGCGCCAGCGCUCCCGUCUCCGCUACCCCGGCCGCCUCUUCCACGGACGAGGUCGCCGCAGUCUCUCCUUCAGGAGAUUCGUCUAGUGGAAUUGAGAACUUGGUGAUCAUUGGUUCUGGUCCAGCUGGUUAUACUGCAGCUAUAUAUGCUGCUCGUGCAAAUUUAAAGCCUGUUGUGUUUGAAGGUUAUCAAGUAGGUGGUGUUCCAGGAGGGCAGUUAAUGACUACUACAGAAGUUGAAAAUUUUCCUGGGUUUCCAGAAGGGAUAACCGGUCCUGAUUUGAUGGAUAGGAUACGACGGCAAGCUGAACGUUGGGGUGCUGAACUUUUUCAAGAAGAUGUCGAAUUUGUUGUUGUCCGGACUAAUCCUUUCAUCAUCCGCAGUAGUGAGCGUGAGGUAAAAUGCCAUAGUCUUAUCAUAGCAACAGGAGCAAAUGCCAAAAGACUUAGGUUGCCUCGUGAAGACGAAUUUUGGAGUAGAGGGAUCAGUGCUUGUGCAAUAUGUGAUGGAGCAUCACCACUAUUCAAGGGGCAAGUAUUGGCUGUUGUUGGAGGAGGUGACACAGCUACCGAGGAAGCAUUAUACUUGACCAAAUAUGCACGCCAUGUACACUUGCUUGUUCGUAAAAACCAUCUGCGGGCAUCUAAAGCUAUGCAAGACAGAGUAUUCAACAACCCGAAUGUCACAGUGCACUUCAAUACAGAAGCCAUGGACGUUGUUAGCAAUAGCAAGGGCCAGAUGUCAGGAGUUUUAACAAAAAGAGUUGAUACAGGCGAAGAAUCAGUACUCGAUGUAAAAGGUCUAUUCUAUGGUAUAGGGCAUACUCCAAACAGCCAGUUGUUGGAAGGACAAAUUGAACUUGAUAGUUCUGGAUAUAUCUUAGUCAAAGAAGGCACAGCAAAAACUUCAGUUGAAGGUGUCUUUGCUGCUGGUGAUGUACAGGAUCAUGAGUGGAGGCAAGCGAUUACUGCUGCUGGUUCUGGAUGUGUUGCUGCUUUAUCUGUUGAAAGAUAUCUAGUUUCAAACAAUCUUCUUGUUGAGUUCCAUCAGCCUGUAACUGAAGAUGUCAAGAAGGAACUUACUGACAAGGAUGUACAAAUGGGUUUCGAUAUAACACUGACAAAGCACAAAGGACAGUAUGCACUUCGGAAGUUGUAUCAUGAAAGCCCAAGGUUAUUAUGUGUUCUAUAUACAGCACCAACAUGUGGUCCAUGUAGGACACUGAAACCAAUUUUAAGCAAGGUGAUAGAUGAAUUUGAUCAAAAUGUGCACUUCGUUGAAAUUGACAUUGAAGAAGACCCUGAAAUUGCAGAAGCAGCGGGAAUUAUGGGAACACCCUGUGUUCAAUUCUUUAAAAAAAGGGAAAUGCUUAGGACAGUACCUGGUGUGAAAAUGAAGAAAGAAUACAGAGAAUUUAUUGAGGCGAACAAAUGAAAGAAACAAAACUUGCAGUUUUAGGUUCUGUUGUUUUUUCUGUUUUGCUCUUCAAUUUACCCAUCCAAAAUGCCAAUUUUCCAACUUUUCUGGAAACCCAAAUAUGUAUAUUCAGUGAUCUUUAGGAAAUGCUUAAUUUACAACUUGGAUAUCCCAUUCUCUCA